UUUGGAGCUUAACAGCCUCUCUCAUCUCCAUAAGAAAAGAAAACAAACCACUCUCUAGUCUCUCUCUCUCUCUCUCUCUCUCUCUCUCUCUGUGUGUGUGUGUCGGUAAGACAUGGCGUCCAUGGCAGAAGACAACGAUGUAGAUUUCGAGGAAGGGAUGUUAUGGCUUCCUGCUCAUGUACUUGAAGAAGCAUGUGAAUCGAAGAUUCAAGAAAUCUCACAACGAAGACAAGAACACCAUCGCCUGAAGCCUCUCCACACUUCCCCAGGCCCAUUUCGACCGCAUUCAUCCUCAAAGUUGAGCCCAAAGUUGCACCAAAGAUCGAGAUAUCCAGCAUAUAGAGCAUCAGGAGGACCAGGGAUGCAAGCCAUCUUCCUAGACUCAAGCCAAAAAUCAUGUGGAACUGGGGUUUUUCUCCCUAGAAUGGGUGGCAUCAACUUCCAACAAAGCAAGAAGCCAGCCUUCUCUCCGGUUCUUCUCCCUUCUCGUGUUGUUCAAGCCCUCAACCUCAAUGUGCAUGCAUUGGGCUCCCAACUUACAUCUCAAAGAGAUCUGAACACUAACACAAAUGAAGAAACAAAUAAAGAAAAGAUUCAAGAUUCAGUUCUUUGCAAUAAAAAUGGGAGCAACAAAGAUGUUCAUGGUGUAUCAACUACCCAAUAUUGUGUCUAUUCACAGGCUUGUAGUUCUUCACCUGAAAUAUUUCUUCCAAAAGAGUGGAGUUACUAGCUCAAAGGGGAGAAAUAGCUCCAGUUUAACACUUGAACCCGAGUGAAUUACUACAGAAAAAAAAAGGCCAUUAAUUCAUCUCAGAUGUUUCUUUCUAAAUAUUAUGACCAUGUAAUAAAAUGAAUAAUAUACAGUAGCCAUAGAUUCUCUUGUAAAUGAUGCAUUAUAUACA